UUUCUCUCUCUCUCUCUCUCUCAUACACACACAACCAAACUUCCAUGGAAUUCACUUUAAUUUCAGAAGACAAAAAUUGGUGGAUCUAUACCCUCCCUGCAAUACUUCUUGAAACCCAAAACCUGUCCAACACUUGGGUUGUGCUCUCUAUCCUCUUGGCCACCUUAGCUGUUGGGCUUUUGACAAGGGCCUUUUCUGCCGGCGGCCCGGCCUGGCAAAAGGGCCGGAACCAAAUGGGCAGGGUCUCAAUUCCCGGACCCAAGGGCCUUCCCGUAGUUGGAAGCUUACUCAGCCUGAGCCACGGCUUGGCUCACCGCACUCUGGCGUCUAUGGCUUCAAGCCAAGCCGCGUCCCAGCUGAUGGCCUUUAGCUUGGGCUCGACCCCCGCGGUUGUGACCUCGGACCCACACAUAGCUCGCAAGAUCUUGACGUCUCCCGAUUUUUCUGAUCGUCCAAUCAAGCUCUCGGCUAAGCAGCUCAUGUUUAGCCGAGCCAUCGGGUUUGCCCCGAACGCGACAUAUUGGCGGCUCCUGAGAAGGAUUUCCGCUUCUCACCUUUUCGCGCCCAAGCGCAUAUCAGCUCACGAGGCCGGACGCCAGCUUGAUUGCGCCGCGAUGUUGAGUGCCAUCGCUAAGGAACAAUCUCUUCGCGGAUUUGUAGUUCUAAGAAAGCACCUACAAGAUGCUUCUUUGAACAAUAUAAUGGGAAUUGUGUUUGGCAAAAGGUACGAUACGUCGGAACAAACUUCAAACGAGGCUCAAGAAGUGCAUGAGAUUGUGAGAGAAGGGUUCGAGCUACUGGGAGCUUUCAACUGGUCUGAUCAUUUGCCAUGGUUGACUUACUUUUAUGACCCUUCGCACAUCAACCAACGUUGCUUGGCUCUUGUUCCCCGGGUGAAAAGGCUCCUCCAUCGCAUCAUUGAGGAGCAUAAACUCUCUGGAUCAGUGGUCAAGGUCUCUGAUAAUUCUGCUUUCGUGGAUGUUCUGCUGUCUUUGGAGGGUGAAGAGAAGCUCCACGAGGAUGAUAUGGUUGCUGUUUUAUGGGAAAUGAUCUUUCGUGGUACCGAUACAACCGCACUCUUAACCGAAUGGGUCAUGGCAGAACUGGUCCUGAAUCCUGAUGUGCAAGCCAAGCUUCACCAUGAGCUCAAGCCCCUCAAAAAUGCGAGAGACGCUGACGUGGCUAACCUACCCUACCUCCAAGCAGUGGUCAAGGAAACCCUACGUGUGCAUCCACCUGGCCCCCUCCUCUCCUGGUCUCGCCUCUCCACAUCAGAUGUCCGCCUCAGCAAUGGCAUGGUGGUCCCCGCCAACACGACAACCAUGGUCAACAUGUGGGCAAUCACACAUGACCCUAAUGUGUGGGUGGACCCUUUUCUGUUCAAGCCAGAGCGGUUUUUGCUAUCGGAAGGGGGCGAGGACGUGGAUGUGAGGGGUAAUGAUCUAAGGCUUGCACCGUUUGGGGCCGGGCGCAGAGUCUGCCCGGGUAAAAAUCUAGCGCUUGCGACCGUGAGCCUUUGGGUGGCUAAGUUGGUGCACCAUUUCAAGUGGGUAGAAGAUGGAUCGAGAGGUGUUGAUCUUGUUGAGAUGUUGAAGUUGUCUUGUGAGAUGAAGAACCCUCUCUCCGUUGUGGCUGUCCCAAGGAAUUAAUAUCAAUGCUUCCAAUUUUUGGCGAGGGCUUUUAGGCACAUCUACUUGACACAAAUUUGAGAAAUUCUCUCUCAUAAGUGAGUGGGUCCAGAAGGAUGUCUAUAUGCAAUGGCCGGGAUCCACCCAUUAUGGGAGUCUGGAAGCAAAUAUAUCCGAUAGAUUUGCAUUUAGACUCCCAUAAUAUAUAAAUAAAUUCGCACGAGUAUGUUAUCUUUUUUUUUAUUUUUUUAAUUUGGUAUUGUACUCUAUGUAAGAUUUUCUCAGACUUUCCUAUCUAGCUAAGAGACGAAAAGAGGAGGAGAGUCCAUGUGUGAUGCUAGAUAGAGUGUUUGUAAGACUUUUCAUACAAGUAAUCAUAUUGUUGUACUGUAUUAUUGAAUA